CGAUGCGGUGUUAAGAUCGGUUAAGAUUGUUGGCGAAACUUUGUGGAUUUAAUUAAUGUCAUUAUUUAUUUUGUACACACUCCGUAAAGGAAGAAAGUAUUUAUGUAAUAUUAAUUGAAACGCGACGAGAAAGAGAGAGAGAGAGAGAGAGAGAGUGAGAGAGGGGGGAGAGAGAGAGAGAGAGAGAGAGAGAUUAGUAUUAAAGUUACUCGAUCAUAGGAAUUUCUACAUUUUAGAAACAGUCUAUAAAAGAAUAAGUCGUGGUAAAAGAAUAGCAGUCUGUGCAAAACAUGCAUGCAUGUGUAUUGAAGAGUUUAAAAAAUUUCAAAAAGCAUACAUGUCAACACAUGAAGUAACUAUGGAGGAGAAAGAUAGUACCGAUAUAUUGGGAGAUGAAGAAUCUGAAGAGACGGAAAAUAUAAUAAUAAAUGAAGUUGAUGGAUUACCUAAUUUGCAUCCAAAUUAUGAACAAUUGGAACUUGAUUUUGAAGGAGAAAAGGGUCAUGGUUGUUUGAAUUCAAGGUCAAUAGAUGAAUUGAUUCAUGAUGAAGAUUUACCAACUUCUGUUAUUGUCACAAAUGUAGAUCCUGGAGUGUUUAAAGAAGAUGAAUUAAAGUCUGCAAUAGAGAAUCUUUUUAAACAAUUUGGAGAAAAUGCUACAUUCCAAUACUUCAAAUCAUUUAGAAGGAUGAGAGUUAACUAUAAUUCUCCAAAUGCAGCAGCCACUGCUAGAAUACGAUUACAUCAAACUCAUUUUGGUGAAACUGAUAUUAAUUGUUAUUUUGCACAACCAGUGACACCGAUAGAUAUGGAAGAUCAACAUCUUCAACCACCAGCUCUUACAAAGCAGUUCCUAAUAUCUCCUCCAUCGUCUCCACCUGUUGGUUGGAAGCCACGAGAGGAGAAUGAACCUUUAGUCAACCAUGAUUUAUUAGCAGCUAUAGCAAACUUAUCUGCAGGUGGUAGUCAUGAGUUACACCCGGGAGGUUCUGGACAACCAGGCAUUGUUGUUCAUGUUUGUGAAACUGAGAAUCCCAUGAAAAGUGGCCCACGUAUUCAACAUACACGUUGUCCAGAACAUUAAUGAAAUUUUUUUGGAAACACAUUAUACAUAAUACACGUCCAAUAAAUCAUUUAUCCAUCCAAGAAGUAACUAUAAUAAAAAAUAUCGUACAAAACUGGCAAUGAACGUAAUUAUAAUUUAUAGUCAGUAUAUUGCAGUCUCGUUCUUUUUUCUUUUCUUUUUUUUUAAUUUUUGCCAUGAUAGUUAAAUAUUAAAGUGUCAUUAAUCGAUGAACAUGAAAAUUCUUAUAAAAUGUAGGUAUUGAAUAUAUAAUAUUAAAGUUCCAAUCAAAAUUAAGUACGUGAAACUCUUGUUAUAUCAAUGUAAAAAUUCAAAAACACUAUAAAUGUUAUUAUAAUCACUGUUUAAAUGUAGUCUAGAAGUUCUAGACUUAUAUCAGUUUGAAAUAUCUGUUUUGAUUAAAUAUUUUGAUUAAUUUUUAGACUAUUAAAUGCUAAUUCGGGCUAAAUCAAUAUAUGAAAAUGAAAAAUGUACAGUUCAAGAAUUUUUAAAAAUAGUGAAGUAUCUUUAGCAAUGAAGAAGUUACAUAUUAUAAAAAAUGUUGGUAAACAUUGAUGUUUUGUGAAACAAAAAUUCUAGCUAAAAAAGAUUGGAUAUUAAAUCUUUAACUUCAAAUAAUAAUUGUAUUCUCUGCUGUGUCAUAAAAAUUACUCUUUAUCGCGUACUCUUAAAGCUUCUACAUUAUACAGUAUUAGACAAUAUGAUAAUACUGAUAAGUAUAACAGAAAACUGAGUAAUGCUGCAUUGAUGACUUAAAUUGUUCUUAAAAUUAUCGAUGUUCCUUGUAUUUUAAAGUAUUGCUCAUUGUUUUACUUUAAUGUUGUGAAAAGCAAAUGUUAUAAUAGCUAGAAGUCUACGAUAAUUAAUAAAAAAUGAAAAUGUCAAUCUGAUCGUAAUCUUUACGUUCAGCAGAUUCUUUGAGAACAUGUUAUACUAAUGUAAGUUGUGUUUGUGUGUGGAAGUUAAGGUUCAAAUUGUAGUUAUGAUAUUAAUAUAUGAUGUACAUAUACACGUGUGCGUGCGUGCGUGUUAUUUUAUGAAUGCGAUAAAAGAAAUAUAAACGAUCCUGGAUCAUUUUGUUUUCUCUAUUUGAAUGUUAAAUUUCUUCGAGUAUCGAUUUUUAUGUUUUGAUCAAUUAAAUUUUUAAAGAUUCUUUAUAAUGACUUGUUAAAUGUCAUAAGAACAAACUAUUAUUAAAUGGAAUCAAAUUAAUAAGAAUUAAAUAUACACAUGCAAUUUGAAUAUCAGUAUUACUGUAACAUUAUUAUGACAGUAGUUUUGUGUGUGUGCAUAUGUAUAUACUCUAUUCCGACUAUAUGAAAUAUACACGGGUAAAUUGUUUUAAUGUUUUACCUGAUAGUAUUUUCAUCACGGCAAUUACAAAACGGAGCAAACAAUUGUUUUAAGUAUGUAAAUAUAAAUACAGAAGAUAUAUGCGCAUGCACAUAUCUACAGUGUACAUGAAUACGUAUGAUACAAUAAUAAAUAUCUUUUAUAUGUGUAUACAGCACAUAAUUUUCGUGAUAAUACGUAUGUCAGGAAUCUAAUAUAACUGGUUUGCGUAUUGAAAAAUAAUUCAUUUAGUUUGUCAUAAUUAUGACAUACUAAAUAUAUUUUUAUUUUAUAAAUUUUAAGUAUUGAUAGUUAAUUAAGAACAAUGUGCAUUUUAUUUGAAAUUAUUUUACAAUUAACUAGACUUAUAUGAUAGUAUAAUGAAUAAUCAAUUUUAAGAUUAUCCAAUGAAAACAUUUUUUCAUUCGCUAUAGAACCAUAAACCUCGAUACUCUUGUAAAUACCUAUGUAUAUAUAUAUAAUGUAUUUAUUUUCCGAUAUGUUACUGUGGUACAAAAAAUUUAUUAAACUAUUUUUUCUGUUUUUUCAAAAGUUCAUUAUCACAUCACAUUGUGGAAAAAAAAAACGUAAUGAAUAAUAAUAAUUAUAUCAACCAAAAAUAUGUAAUUAUGUAAAUAUUUUGAAAUUAGAUAAAAUAAAGAUAAUAUUGCAUAUA